AUGAGAAAACGAAACAUUGAAGAACUUCCCGGGUCUGAUAGAGAAGAUGGUGAUGAUGAUUCCUUGUUUUGGCCCCACCGAUCCCCGGCGUCGGAUGUAGCUGUGUUGUCCAACCCUUCAGGCUACCAAAGCAAACAACAAGAGAUUAAGAUGUCUUCCGUAAAAUUCAAAUCAUUCGAAAUGUCCUCGUCAUGGCCGUCAUCAACGCAGCUGCUAACGUUACCACCACCGCCUUCGCCGCCGCCGCCGCCGUCGCCGUUAUUAUCGUCUUCGUCCCGGACACUUUGCUUGAUGUCGAUGACAUCACGGUCGAGACAGUCACCUCACGCGCGGCCCACUCGAACACGAUCACGCCUAGCCGUGCAUAUACAGCCUUUACAAUCGCGGACGGCAUCAUCAUCUUCGGAUAUCUCUUUUCCACCUUCUCCCCCUCCCCCUCCACCCCCUCCUCCUUCUUCUUCUUCUUCUACUUCUUCUUCUACAGCAGAUUCGACAACUUCUAGACUCGUAACGUCCGACCCUCCCCACAGGUCUAAUACGAAAACUCACUCGACUUCCUCCUAUUUUUAUCCUUUUUCAUCGCAUUCGGACACUUCAGGUUCUUCUGUACAAUUUUUAAGCUCCAAGUCCUUCCGAUUCACGCCGAAUUCUAUGUCGUCUUUGUCUUCACAUUGGUUGCCAAUACUCACUGUCUUAUUACUGCUUCUUCACACAUCACACGCUUGGGGAUUUGAGUGUCCCAGACAGUGCGAAUGUCAUAAUCUACGCGACCCGAACCGCGUGUCAACCUCAAUGGCUGCACGGUGUCGUGUCAACGAUAGCAUGGCUCGCUACAACUUCAGCGUCUUCUCGCCACGUUACACCACUGUCCUGGUGCUCCAGUGUCAGGGAAAAGCCCUAACGCCGGUCAACCACAUGUUCAGGGACCUCUUCUACCUCGAGGAGCUGGUCUUUAAAGACUGUCGAUUUAAUACCAUUCCAGAUUAUACACUGGCUGGCCUUACCAACCUCAAGAAUUUCAGUAUUUUUGGCGCCGAUCGGCUCACGUUCACGCCACGACUCUUUCAGAAAUUAAUGAACCUGCAAAACUUGGAGAUAAUCCGAAGCGGAUUCCAAUCGGUGCCCGUGAACUUUCUGUGUCACUCAACGCGAAUACGCUCAUUAAUAUUUUCCGAAAAUGAAAUCUUCACGUUGCGCGACCUGAAGAAUCUAUGCCUGGUCAACGCCACAUUGCUGGGUCAAAUAAGCCGACUAGAUUUAAGUUACAAUAAUAUUAAAGAGAUCACUGAGGAUUUUGACGCGAUGUUUACUGGUAUUGAGAUGGUCAACUUUGUCGGAAAUGAAAUAGAGUCUAUAGUCAACAACAGCUGCUCGGAAUUGUACGAUUUGACGGUAUUGGACUUGUCUCGAAAUCAAAUCAAGGAGUUCCCGCUUGAUUUCCUAGAAUAUUCAGACAAUUUGAUGCAGUUAGGAUUGUCACACAAUCCGAUCAGUCGACUCUUUCCUGUAUUUAGUAGUCUUUCUAACUUGAGGAUAUUUGAGGCUGAGCAUACACAUCUUGACAAUAACAUCUGGUCUGAUCUAAAUGAAAAACCCCAAUUAGAAAGCUUAAACCUGGCUAAUUGCCACCUGUCAUUAAUCAACAAGUCAGUCAUGAACAAACUAACCUCCCUAAUACGGCUAAACCUGCACAGCAACUUAAUUAGCCGCUUGUCACCGAACGUGUUCUCGUCUAAUAGGCAGCUCGAGGUUCUUAUUCUCACUAACAAUAGCUUGAUACACCUGGAUGAAAACUCCCUCCACGGUCUAACCGGUCUCAGACAUCUCGAUCUGAGUUACAACAAACUCUCUGCCAUUCACAUUGACGCCUUCCACGAUUUAAUAAACGUUGAAAAGUUAGAUAUGAGUUAUAACGAAUUGCAGGAGAUCCCAAACUCUAUUCAUCCAUUGAAUCGAGUGCAGGAGUUAUACUUUGAGGGAAAUCAAAUUCGGAGAAUCUACAAGGACUUUUUUAAAGGAAUGGAUUCAGUCAAUCGAAUUGUACUGGCAAAAAACCUCAUUCACGUGGUCGAUGCUAACAGCUUCGCUCGCUGUCUGAAUCUUCACAUUCUCGACCUGAGCGACAACAACAUCACCAGCGUUCACGAGGACGCGUUCGAGGGUCUCAAGCAGUUGAUCGGAGUUAGUCUGGCGCAUAACAGGAUUCGCAACAUCGGCACGGCCCUCUGGAAGCAGAUCAACUUGAGUCAGGUUCAUUUACAGAACAACUUAAUUGAAGAAAUCAUGGCGUCGAACUUCCCGGACAGCAUUAAAUUUCUGAACAUCUCGCACAACCGUAUACGCGUAGUGCGACCUUUUACUUUUUCGAACAAGGACACUCUCGUCGAGGUUGACCUCCGCUCUAACCGAAUCAGUCGUCUAACCAAAGACGCUAUCAGCGUGUCGCACCGAGUGCGGGCGAUUCCGGACGUCUAUCUGAUGGAUAAUCCGUUCCGAUGUGACUGUAAUCUCGUCUGGUUGAAGCAGUUGGCCGACGUGAGACCACGCAAAAGGAACGGCCUGCCGUACAUCCCGGAUCUUGACGAUCUAGAAUGCCAAUCAAAUAAUACUAGUUGGCUACCGACGGGCCGCAUCUAUCAUAUAAGCGAGUCGGAUUUCUUGUGCAAAUAUCUGGACGAAUGCGCCGCCGACUGUAUCUGCUGUCAUUUUGACAUGUGCGACUGUAAAAGCAUCUGUCCGAAGAUGUGCAAUUGUUACCGAUCGUUCGAUCGCAGGUCUAAUUUUAUCGACUGCACCAAUAGCAGUUUGAACGACUCUCGUUUCCUGCCUUCGAACGCUACAAAAAUCUUCUUGAGCGGCAACCGUCUUGGCUCACUGUCGAAACAUUCGUUUUUACGUCAGCGCGAGAUGUUGGUCGUUCUUUACUUGAAUCGUUCGCAUAUAACGGACGUGCAAAACGGCACGUUCAUGACGCUAAUCAAUCUCAGGGAGCUGUACAUGCACGAUAACUUGCUCAGCGUCUUGACCCGAGAGACCUUCCAGGGGCUGGCCGGCCUCGAGGUACUCACCCUGAACAACAAUAUGAUCAGCUAUAUUGCGCCUGGUAUGUUUCUUCAAAUACCGCGCUUGAAAACGAUUGAUCUAAGCGGCAACGGACUGCACACACUGGACCCAAGUUUCAUGGCGAUUACCACCUUCGAAAGUAUUUCGUUGCGUGGCAAUCCCUGGCUUUGCAAAUGUCCACUCGUCAUGGCCCUGCAGGAGAUGUACAUAACAGACCCGGAGGUAAUCCCACAUUCAGAAGAGGUAUUUUGUGACCAUGAAGAAGUCAUCAACAGUAGCGUGUCGCAGUUCACGGUUUACCAUAUGUUCGAUUAUGACGUUCAGCUGUAUUGUUUGAACGUGACAACGUCCGGAAACUUCUCAGCCCAACCCAGCCCAGUGAUGGAGAUGAAGGUUCUCCUUGCCCUGGCCAUUUUUUCGGCCGUCUUCAUCACUCUCAUGGUGGCGAUCAUCAGUGUCAUCUGCUACCGGGAAGAGCUUAAAGUCUGGCUCUUUACCCAGUAUGGGUGGCGUGUCGGUGACGACUGGGCCAGAUUGGACGAUUCGAACAGGAAAUAUGAUGUCUUCGUCGCGUAUACCAGUAAAAAUGCCAUGUUCGUCGAGCACGAACUGGCUCCGCGUCUUGAAAGACGCGACCCUCCUUACCGGGUAUGUCUCACCUACAGGGACUAUGAUGUGGACAUUUCUUACGCACAGAACACGAUAAAUUCCAUCAACAACAGCAAAAGAACUCUGAUGCUUGUCUCCAAUGAUUUCUUUUGUACGGAGUGGUUUCGCUAUGACUUCCAAAUUAACAACCACGAUGUCCUUAAGGCGCUCUCAGACCGCCUUAUAGUCGGUACUAGCAUCUAUUUUAAAAUGAGGGUACCUGAUCUUAAUAAUGUGAUUUUUAAACUAAACUCUCCUCCUCUCCUUCGCGUGUUUCGUUUUUUUUUUUUUUUUGACAUAUUUCCUUUAAAAUAUAUCUAUAUACGUUUUUUUUUUUCUUUUUGUCCGUCUUUUAUUCUGUUUGCCUGCUUGCCUGUCUGUCUGUCUCUAUCAAUCUAUCGCUUCACAUUGUUUUAUUAUUAG